UUCAGUUCUGGUCUACGAGAAUGUGGGACCGAUAUUCCCAUAUGCUAUCAUAUCGUUACUUCACCUUAUCUGUGAACCUUUUGUUCCCACUUCCCACUUCCCACUUCCCACUCAGUUCGUUACUUCGUUCCGCCAAGAAUCGAGAGAGGUUACAGUGAUUCAGUGACUGUAAUGGCCAUGUCGAUGGCCUUCUCAUCCUGGAGCCCACGCUCUAUCUUUUCUCCUUUCCCUCAAUUUCGCUUGUUUCAAGCUCCUCUUCCAUGUCUUCCUCUCUCAUCCUCUAUCUUAUCUGGUUCUCCGCCUACUAGGCUCUAUUCUUUCCGAGUUCGCUCAAGUUUCCGCAGCAAUGAGGUUCGAAGCAGCAUCGGAGAAGCUCCAAAUGUCAAUCCUACUGCCGGAGUUGCAGUUUAUAAGCCCAAAUCAUAUGAAGUUCUUGUCACUGAUGCUACCAACUCUCUCAUGUAUGCUCUUGAAGACGGGAAGACCCGUUUGGAAAUUGAUUUCCCACCCUUGCCUAGCAACAUCUCUUCUUACAAGGGAUCGUCAGAUGAUUUCAAUGAUGCCAAUAUCCAAUUGGCCAUAACUGUGGUCAGGAAGCUCCAAGAAAAUAAAAGAACCAGAUCUUGCAUUGUGUUUCCAGACAAGCCAGAAAAGCGCAGGGCUACUCAGCUCUUCCAAACAGCUCUUGACACAAUUGAUGGUGUAACCAUAGGUUCCCUGGACGAUAUCCCCGGUGGGCCUGUUUCGUCAUUCUUCAAAUCUAUCAGAAACACCUUAGAUUUUGAUUUUGAAGACGAUAACGAAGGUCGCUGGGAAUCUGACAAACCACCAUCAUUGUUCAUCUUUAUUAAUUGUAGCACACGUGAACUUUCUACGAUAGAGAAGUAUGUGGAUAAAUUUGUUAAAUCUACCCCUGCCCUUCUUUUCAAUCUUGAACUUGACACAUUGCGUGCUGACUUGGGUCUUUUCGGGUUUCCCACCAAGGAUUUGCAUUACCGGUUUCUUUCUCAAUUCAUUCCUGUGUUCUACAUUCGAAUAAGAGAAUACUCAAAGACAAUUGCAGUUGCACCUUAUAUUGUAAAUUACAGCGGUGCGUUGUUUCGCCAAUACCCUGGUCCUUGGCAGGUGAUGCUUAAACAAGCUGAUGGUUCUUAUGCUUGCGUAGCUGAGAGUGCUGCUCGUUUCACUUUGGGUGAAACAAAGGAAGAACUGUUGAGGGUUCUUGGUCUACAAGAAGAACAGGGAAGUUCACUGGAAUUUCUUCGAAGAGGCUAUAAGUCCUCGACUUGGUGGGAGGAAGAUGUUGAUUUGGAGUUAUAUUCUGCAUGGCGUAAUUGAGCAGCAAGCAAGCAAGCUGAAUACUUAAACGAAGAGGGGGCCUACAGUGCCAAGAAGAGUGUCAUGGGCUGUAGAGUUUCAAAGAUCAGAGGUUGAUGCAGGUAGCAAUUCCAGAUACAUACAUCUGGUUUUAAUUGUGCUGAUUCAUUAUUUGUCCAUUUUAAAGGUGGACCCAUACAACUCUAUGGCUGUGAUUCUCUGUACAGGUGGUAUCAUACGUGAUGCCUGUUUGUAAUAAUAUCUUCCCUCCAAAGACUCAGGCUGCUACAAUCAUUUGUUUUCAUUGUGCACCCCUCAGAAAAAGAAAAAAGAGAGAAAAAAAAGAAGGAUAAACAAGAUUUUGGCUGUAUUGUUCUACAUUAUAGAUUUUCUGUCUAAUUCAUUUAGUUAUAUUUUUCGACCAGUCA